CUCACAUAAUCUUUCGCAAGAGCUUUGUUCACCAUCUCACCUCACCAUCCUGUUGAACUGGGUGAAACUAAUUACUCACGCACAAGACCCACCUCUUCCCACGAAAGUAUGUACGAGUGUACAAGGUGGAGCGUUCCACGUUUUGUUACACAUGGCCUGUUGUGCUUAGCAACAUGCCACUCUCACCAGCCAGCAUGUGGGAGUGGCAGAGGUACGGAUAUAUAAACCUGUGGAGGGAAACAAAAAGGACACUUUUACCACUGCUCCGAAAAAGAAUCAGUCAAUAACAAAUGGAAGACUUGUCAAUCAAAAAUGUCAACCUGGAAAAAUCCGAAAACCUGGAGAGACACAGGACAGAGGGAUUCAGCAGCUCCAAGAACCUGGUGGUUCGAAGAGGAGCCCCGUUCAGGAUCAGCCUGCAGCUGCAGGGCCGACCAUUCAACCCCAAGAUCGACUUUCUGAGUGUCAAAAUUUUACUAGGCCGCCUUUAUGUUUCACUGCCAGUCUCUUUCUCCAAGAAAGUCUCUCCCACCAAAUGGACAGCGUACAUGGAGUCGAAGGACUUGGAUUUCCAGAAUCCCUCCAUCUUCAUCUCUACUCCCGCCUCUGCCUCAGUGGGAUGCUACAGGUUUCAGCUGCGUGUGUUUACUCAGGGGGGCAAGAGGAAGGCCGCUCUGGGCAGAUUCACCCUGCUCUGCAAUCCUUGGUGUCGUGAGGAUGCAGUCUAUAUUCCCUUUGAGGACCAGAGAGAGGAAUAUGUCCAGAAUGACUCUGGGUUAUUGUUCAUGGGGACAGCGAUGAACCUCGUGUCAAGACCAUGGUCCUUUGAUCAGUAUGAGCCUGGCGUCCUGGAGUCAUGCCUGAGUCUGCUGCAGGUCAGCCCUCAGCACCAAAAGAGCCGACGAGAGGACUAUUUGAAACGGUGCGACCCCGUCUACAUCAGCCGGGUCGUGUCUGCCAUGAUCAACUCAGAAGAUGACCGUGGAGUUCUGAAAGGGAACUGGUCGGGAGACUUCCAACAAGGAGUGAAUCCCACCGUGUGGACGGGGAGUGGGGACGUCUUGAGUCAGUGGACACAGUCCAAUUACAAACCAGUCAAGUAUGGGCAGUGCUGGGUGUUUGCUGCCGUCAUGUGCACAGUCAUGAGAGUUCUUGGCAUUCCUUGCCGCGUUGUCACCAACUUCAACUCGGCUCACGACACCAAUGGCAACCUGGUGCUGGAGGAGUACUACAGCGAAAAGGGAGAGAAGCUGAAGAUCAGCAAAGACAGCUUAUGGAACUUCCAUGUCUGGGUGGAAUGCUGGAUGACUCGUAGGGAUUUAGUAUCUGGGAUGGAUGGAUGGCAGGUUCUGGACCCAACCCCUCAGAACAGGAGUGGAGGCGUGUUCUGCUGCGGCCCGUCGCCGGUCAAGGCCAUCAAGGAGCGCCGCAUGGACCUGUUUUAUGACAUCCCCUUUGUUUAUGCUGAGGUGAACGCCGACAUACACACAAUCAUAAUGAGCGAGGGUCGCGUGCUUAGCCUCAACAAAGACACGGAGAGAGUCGGAUCCCUCAUCUGCACCAAAGCCAUUGGUUUCCCCAGACUUCAGAACAUCACGGGAGACUACAAAUACAUCAAAAGCCCAACUUCAACAAUCUCAUCGAGAAGCUCCGCAUCAGACGACUCGACAUUAAGAAGAGCAAGCGCAUCCAAAGGAGUAUUAGUCUCUCUGACCCUGGAUAAAGCUCCUGUCGCUGGAGAGCCCAUCCGCUUCACAGUGAAGGUCAUGAACAAACAGAACCAUAGCAAGUUAAUGAAGGUGAAUAUCAACGCUCAGGCCAAAGAAUACAACCACUCCCCCUCAGACACCUUCUGGGAAACCAAUGGCAUCAUACAGCUUGAACCAAUGGAAGUCAAAGUUUUGACCAAGCAGAUCGCGCCAGCUCAGUAUGAGGAUGUGAUCGGAGACGACCUGAUCAACCUUGCAGUAGUCCUGGAAGACAUGGCCACGCACAAGUGGGUUCUGGCCUCAGAGGAGUUCAAUAUUGCCAGCCCACAGCUCACCAUACAGAUUGCAGAUGAAGACUCCGUUGUGGCCAACAAGGAGCAAACUGCCACCGUGAGCUUCACCAACACGUUUUCUCACAUGGUGGGUGGAGUACUGACGGUUGCCGGAGCUGGGCUGAUCCCGGGCAAGAUUCACUUCAGGAUAUUCCCACUGCGAGCAGGGGGAAAAGUGGAGCAACGCAUCAAUUUCAUCCCCAGCGUAACGGGAACAAAGAUGCUGCAGGCGAGCCUGUCACUGACGAACGUCAACUCCACAAUCAGAGGCUUUAAGAUGGUCCGGGUCAACAGAGCUUAGAUCCCUUUAUUCCUACUUUGGCUCACGCUUCAGCAAAAAACGUUACAUUUCUCAUAUAAUUGUGAUACAGAGUGCUUGUGCCGCAUCAUUUGUUUUUAUUUGUAACGACCAGGUCUCCCACCUACAUCACUGACAGGGCACUUGUCUGUUACUGUACAUAAUUUGAAUGUGAAUUUAAAUGUUAUAUAUAGUGCAUGUACAUAUACAUAUAUAUAUAUAUAUAUAUACAUUUAUUUAUUUAUUUGAGCCAUUUAGGUCAACCCAAUUACUUGAAAAAAUCAGUGUGAGCUUUGAUGCAAUAUUGUGCUUUUUAAAAAAAAUAAAAACGUUGUUAAAAUAAAUGUACUGUCACAUUUUCCAACAAGUCUAUUCAUGCAGGUUGAUGUUAUUGCAGUUCUGUCUUUGCCCAGAGGAGGGAAACCUUCCCUCAAAAAAUGAAAGAAAGGGUCACU